GGCACAUGGAAUUAUUUUCUUUGUCUCAAAACUCAAGUUUUUUUAAAGGAAAAUUAAUUCCCUGCGAAAAUGGGGAAGAAAAAACAAGCAAAUCAGCUCGGGCGAAGCCUCAUUAAGGAUCGCUUCAGUCAGGGAAAUCGUAAAAAGGUCAACAAUGACACGAUGCUUCACACGACGGAAAUUCAAGACGGUUACGACUGGGGAAGGUUAAAUUUGCAAUCCGUCACCGAAGAAUCCUCGUUUCAGGAGUUUUUGCGAACCGCUGAACUCGCCGGAACUGAAUUUCAAGCAGAAAAGUUGAACAUAACUUUCAUCAAUCCGAAGAGUAAAGUCGGAAUUUUGACGCAUGCUGAACGGGUUGAGCUCGCGAAGAAGCAUGAAGCCAAAAAAGAUGUCGUUCGGAUCCCGCGGAGGCCCAAAUGGGACGAAAAUACCUCGGCAGAGGACUUGUUGGCAGCUGAAAAUGCUGAAUUUCUGGAAUGGCGACGGAGUUUGGCACUUUUGCAAGAAAAUGAUGGCUUGCUGUUGACGCCUUAUGAGAAAAAUUUGGAGUUUUGGAGGCAAUUAUGGAGAGUUGUUGAACGGAGUGAUGUCGUAGUGCAAAUUGUCGAUGCAAGAAACCCACUUUUGUUCCGUUGCGUUGACUUGGAGAAGUACGUAAAGGAGGUAGAUCCCAAUAAACAAUGCAUGUUGCUGCUUAACAAGUCAGAUUUCUUGAAUGAGGAGCAAAGAAAAUGCUGGGCGACGUAUUUUACCGAGCAAAAUGUGAAAUUUGCCUUUUUUUCGGCGACUUUGGCGGAUCAAGAGAUGGAAAAAAUUGUCGAGGAAAGUGACGAAGACGAUUCCGAGCAAGCGGAUGACGAGGAUUCGGACUUGAGUGGGGAUGAAAGUGAUGAAAAUGACGAAAAUCCGGAGAAAUUCGAUGAAAAACCGAAAGAAAAUGGCACCGAGCCCUUGGAAAAAGGCGUCGAAGAAAUAAAAAUCGCUGAAAAAAAUCCGUGGGACAUUUUAACUCGCACCGAGUUGAUCAAUCAUUUCAAAACAAUCGAAAUUUCGUCGCCCGUGACGCCCGGCAUCAAUACAAUCGGGCUCGUUGGAUACCCGAAUGUCGGUAAAAGUAGCACAAUUAACGCGAUUCUCACAGAAAAGAAAGUUUCCGUUUCCGCGACGCCCGGAAAGACAAAACAUUUUCAAACGCUUUACGUUGACGAGACACUUUUGCUCUGCGAUUGCCCCGGAUUGGUAUUUCCGAGUUUCGUGGCGACCAAAGCUGACAUGAUUUUGAACGGGAUUUUGCCAAUUGAUCAGAUGCGGGAUUAUGUGCCGCCGGUGAAUUUGUUGUGCGAAUUGAUACCGCGACAUGUGCUCGAAGACAAGUACGGAAUGAUGAUCGCGAAGCCAGUUGAGGGAGAAGAUCCUUUGAGGCCGCCGCAUGCGGAGGAAUUGCUAUUGGCACAUGCUUACGUUCGUGGCUUCAUGACAUCCAACGGACAACCCGAUCAAUCCCGCAGUGCCCGUAUCGUCUUAAAAGACUACGUUAAUGGCAAACUCUGCUACUGCUAUGCCCCUCCAGGCACUGAGCAAAAAACUUUCCACGUCUUCCCCGAACGACAAAAGGCCGAAAUAAAAAUUGAACUUUUGCCGCCGCGCCAACAGCGUGCCAUGAAAAUGGACAAAUCGCAAGUCGACACGAUAAAUAGUCAAUUUUUCAGUACAACAAGUCAAAAUGCGCACGUCAAAGGUCGCUUUAACUUUCCAAAUGUGCGAGCGGGAGGAGCCCUUUGUGUGCCUUCGGGCAGCAGUACGAGUGUGAAUGGAUCGAUGGUGAGUCUUGCGGGUGUCGGCGAAAAACCAUGGAAGAACAGAAAAAAGCAAAAAAGAGAGAAAUUGAGGAAGACCUACAAGCAUUUGGAUGAACAUUAAGGAAAUUUUUGAUGGAAAAAUUUAAAUUUUAUUAAAUUUUGUUGUAAAAAAAUAAAAUUUUUAUCAAAAAAAUAAAUUUUUUCG